CUUCUUGGUUCUUCCUGGACAUCUGUCCUAUAGUCAGGACCAGCUCCAAACCUAUUCCUCCAGGCACAGUGACUCUAGACACAGGUCCGGGAGGUGGGCAAGUGACAGUCCAGCCUAGUGGUCUGUGUAGUGCAUGCACAGCAGCACAGGAUGCAGGUGCUGUCUUGGCUGUGUCUGUAGUGAUCCUCACUGUGGUGUAGAAUGAGAUAGAAAUGGACCCUGCAAGUUGACACAGGAACAGUGUAGCUGAUGCCAGAGCCAGGGAAAGCUAGGAGCCAAGACUGAGCCUCAAACAGUGCUGGCAGAAUUGCAUUGCAGUCCUCAGAUGGUUCCUAACCCUAGACAGAAGGAGCUUGCACAAAGGCUCUGUAAGUGCUGGCCUGAGUCCUAACAAGAACAUUAAACAGUGAAUGGUUCCAGGCACAGGGCUCCCCCAGGCAGCCCAGCUCCCAGCCCAGAAGACAGCUCUUACGCUGUUGGAGCUGUUGUUUCCCACUGGGUGGGCUCUGUUCCCGCUGGCUGUGUUGGGCAGGGCAAAUCCUUUCUCAGGCAGUAAAACAGAGGGCACCAUCUUCAUCUGUUUUCUGGCGUUGGAAUCCAGAGUGGCCCCCUUUGAUUCUGUUACAAUCCCAGUAUCCCUGUGCAGGGACUUCACAGCCCACACAGGCUAUGAGGUGCUGCUGCAGCGGCUGCUGGAUGGCAGGAAGAUGUGCAAGGAUGUGGAGGACUUGCUUCGGCAGAGGGCCCAGGCAGAGGAGCGCUAUGGGAAGGAGCUGGUGCAGAUUGCAAGGAAGGCAGGCGGGCAGACGGAGAUCAAUACCCUGAGGGCCUCCUUUGACUCCCUGAAGCAGCAGACAGAGAACGUGGGCAGCGCGCACCUCCAGCUGGCCCUGGCCCUGCGAGAGGAGCUGCGGAGCCUGGAGGAGUUCCGUGAGCGUCAGAAGGAGCAGAGGCGCAAGUAUGAGGCCAUAAUGGACCGCAUCCAGAAGAGCAAGCUGUCACUCUACAAGAAGGCCAUGGAGUCCAAGAGAACAUACGAGCAGAAGUGCCGGGACGCAGACGAUGCCGAGCAGGCCUGCGAUCGCAUCAGUGCCAGUGGGAGCAGUGUCAGCCAGAAGCAAGUGGAGAAGAGCCAGAACAAGGCCAAGCAGUGCAAGGAUGCAGCCACUGAGGCAGAGAGGGUGUACAGGCAGAGCAUCGAGCAUCUGGAGAAGGUGCGGGCCGAGUGGGAGCAGGAGCACCGGACUACCUGUGAGGCCUUCCAGCUUCAGGAAUUUGACAGGCUGAUCAUCCUGCGCAAUGCCUUGUGGGUGCACUGCAACCAGCUCUCCAUGCAGUGCGUCAAGGACGAUGAGCUCUAUGAGGAGGUGCGGCUGACACUGGAAGGCUGCAGUGUGGAUGCCGACAUCAACAGCUUCAUCCAGGCCAAGGGCACAGGCACCGAGCCCCCAGCCCCAGUGCCCUACCAGAACUACUAUGACCGGGAAGUUGCCCAGUCGGCUGGCAGUCCUGGUGUGCAGCUGUCCUGUAGCAUGAUGAAGAGGUUCUCCGGGCUGCUGCAUGGAAGUCCAAAGACCAUAACCUUGCAAGCUCCUACUGAGACCCUGACGCCCACCCCGGAGCGAAAGGAGUGUGUCUAUGCAGACAUCGCCGUCCCUGUGCAGGAGGCACCUGCCCAGGACUGCCUGGCUCAAGACUACCGGGCACUGUACGACUACACAGCGCAGAGUUCUGAGGAACUGGACAUCUCUGCGGGGGACAUCCUGGCAGUCAUCCUGGAGGGGGAGGAUGGCUGGUGGACAGUGGAGCGGAACGGGCAGCGAGGCUUUGUCCCCGGGUCCUACCUGGAGAAGCUCUGAUUGACCCACCUGCCUGUGGCCAGGACAGUGCCGGCUGCUCCCCAGGAAUAAAAAGGCGUGCCAUGUCCUCUUUGUCUUCUG